GUUGUCAGAUGCCUUUGGUCUGGUGACUUCAAUUCAGCUAGCCGAGUAGUUUGCCCUGUCCGUGUUUCAUUUAACUUUCAGAAUAUGAUAUAUUUUUUUCAAAACAACAGCAUUUAUUAUGUGUGAAACUGACAUGGUUGCCCGUGUCAAGUAAAUGUCAGAUUAAUCUAUGUAUUAGAUAACUAGAUAGCGUAGCUAGCGAGGUUUGUUUGUUUGGGUUUGCAUGCAAGCUUCUAAUCAAAACUUUUUUAUGACAAUGGAGAAAAUUGUGAAAGAUGUGGGUGACAUCCAAUCCAGGCUGAUAGAUCACAGACCAAUCAUCCAAGGAGAAAUACGGUACUUUGUGAGAGAAUUUGAGGAGAAACGUGGAUUUCGGGAAUGCCGCCUAUUGGAAAACCUCAGUAAGAUGGUUGUGGAGACAAAUGAACAAGCUCUCCCUAACUGUUCAGAGACCAUGGACCAGAACCUGCUGCAGGUUCUCACAAGAUUGGAGGCCAGUAAUCACAUGGCACAGAGGAUCCAGCAGAGGGAGCUAGAGGCACAGCAGAGCACCCAGAUGCAGGUGUGUCUAGAGCGGCGGAAGGCAGACUGGGAGGAGUUCCUGAAGCAGCAGGCUGCCAUGAAGGAGGAGGUGGACGAGGAGCAUGCCAAGGCCGUGGGCCGCCUCAGUGCCCAGUACAGCGAGAUGAAGAAGGACCUGGCCAAGUCUGCCCACUUCUGAAGCCCACGGCACAAAGGGGCCGUCUCAGUAAAGCUCUCUCACACACUUGUAAUGUCUUUUGCCCUUUAUCUCACUCUUUCUCGAUGUGUCUGUCCUGUCCUCUCGCUCCUUGUUUGUCUGUGCAUCUCUCUCU